CGUGCCGAGCGGUGACUGUGUGCGAGUGUGAUGUACUAUAUAGUAAGCAGCCAUAGCGCUAAUAGGGCUCAAUAGACCCAUAAACCUGUUGGAAUCUAGCUGCAAUUGAAGCUAACGUAACUCCGCCUGCAGAGUCAUAAAACGAUGACGACCAAAGCAGACGAGGGCAGCCCAGCGGCGACAAUGAUGCCUACAGCCAUCGGCCGACCCACCAGACCCCCCCCACUAACCAUCAACGUGCCGGUGGCCUCCAACGAGGCACAGACCCCCUCGCCUAGUCACCGGAGCUCCAUUGUCAUCGAGAGUCAGCCUAAGCGCCGUGUCAGCAUUGCCCCCGAGACUCCGCCGCUGGCAUCCAGUAAUUCUGGCUUUGAUAAUCCCGCCUUUGAGCCAGUCUAUAUGCGUAAGAUAUCGCAGACCUCAAUACAUUCAUACCUCGACAAUGGACCUCUUGGGCGCAGGAGAAGCAUCCUGAAGGACUCACCACUUCCAAACGACAAUGACAGUGUCGAUCGUAUAUCGAUGCACAGUUUUGAAAACUACAGACAGAGUGCGCUGGACGUGCUUAAUGCCAAAUACAAUAAUCUGCAAGCAGUACACGAAUCCUGGCAUAGCAAUAGCAAUUACGUGGAGCAAUCGUGGAUCUACAAUUUAUGCUUAAAGUGUCGCACAGAGGAGCCAUCCGCCUCAUGGGAGCCACCUUACUGGCAAAAGAUAUUUCCCUAUCCGCUCUGCCCCACCUUCAGGACCUUCUCCCGCCUGGUCUCGCUCAUUGCAAUUGGUGCGUUACUAUGGAUCGUCUCAUUUGUGAUCAUUGGACAUGCGGCUGCCCCUGGCGGGCAGCUCUUCGAUCUGGUGGUGCUUACGGUGGCCGCCAAUUUUGGUGGCUACAUAAUAUCAUUGACCACCCUGCCACGCCUCAUUGGCAUGCUGCUGGUAGGGCUGCUAUUUCAGAACGUCGGCUGGGUGGAUCUCGAUGGUGACUUCUCCAAGGUGACGACGCACCUGCGAAAGUUUGCCCUGACCAUAAUCCUGACUCGAGCUGGCCUCGAAAUGGAGCCGGAAGCCUUCAAGAAGGUCUACAAAACGAUUCUCAAGCUGGGCAUCGUGCCCUGGAUCGUGGAGGCGGCUGUCAUGACGGUCAUGUCGCACUAUCUGCUCGAUCUGCCCUGGAUGUGGGGCUGCCUGCUGGGCUCCAUCACUGCCGCCAUCUCUCCGGCUGUCGUUGUGCCGUGCCUCUUCAGGCUGCGCACCAAGGGCUACGGCGUGGUCAAGGGCAUUCCCACCUUGGUGGUGGCCGUGUCUGGAGUGGAUGAUGCCAUCUCGGUGGCUAUUUUUGGGAUCAUCAGCACCAUCAUGUUUUCGGAUCGUGGGCAGGUCUACCUGAUAGCCCAGGUGCCUGUCUGCUUGAUAGGCGGCCUGGGCUUUGGGAUCAUUUGGGGGCUGCUGGCGCGCAUCUUUCCCGAAAAGGGCGACGCCUAUGUGGUGCCGCUUCGCACGCUCAUGCUGUUCGCUGGCAACCUGGUGGCCAUCUAUGGCAGCGAGGAGCUGGGCUUCGAGGGCGCUGGCCCGCUGGGCGUGGUCUUCUCAUCUUUCAUAUCGAACUACUACUGGUGCAAGGAUGGCUGGACCAUCGACGACAAUCCCGUUGGCACUGGCUUCGAGAUCUUCUGGAUGAUCUUCGAGCCCAUUCUGUUUGGCGUGACGGGCGCCACGAUCAAGAUACGUGAACAGGACUCGGGCGUGCUCUACCUGGGCGCCCUUUGCAUCUUCACAGGCGUCAUUAUACGCAUCCUCAUCACGGCCGGCAUUGCCUUCGGCGAUCGCCUGAACACCAAGGAGAAGUUCUUUGUGGGCCUUUCCUGGAUGGCCAAGGCCACGGUGCAGGCUGCUCUGGGGCCUGUAGCUCUGAGGCAUCUGAAUGAGAAGUCCACAGACGACGAGCGUCAUUGGGCCAGAAUCGUGCAAGCCAUUUGCAUUUUUAGUAUAGUACUGACGGCGCCUCUGGGUGCUAUCCUCAUCUCUGUGACUGGGCCCCGAAUGUUGACGAAGACGAAACAAGCGCAACAGAAUCUCACUGGCUGGCGUCGUCCCUCCAUACGCGACAUCAGCAUCAUCGACGAGGAGGAGGAGCGAGAAGAUCCGGAGAUGCCGGCGGACAAACAGACCCAGAAUAAUACCCAAAACAAUUCACAGCAUCCAAACUUUUCAUAUAUUAGCAACAAUUAAUAUGAGAAUU